UCUCCCAGCAACGCGCUGGAUGCUUGGCCUACUCCGCUCCAUGGAGCCUGGCGGGGAGCGGGAGCAGCGCGAGCUCAGGCGCCAGGCGGCCGAAUACUAUCAGCACCACGAGGUGCCGCAGAGGCUGGAGGAAGCGCUCAACGCCACGUACCCCCUGCGGCCUGCCGACCUCUACGGCCACCUGGCUAACUACUUCUCCAAAUACUCAAAACCUCCAGUAAUAUGCAAACUGGUUGGAAAGAGGGUCCUUGAUGGAGUGGGUCGACCAACAUUAGAAGUGGAAGUAUUUUGCACAGUUAAAAACAAUGAAAAGAGGAUUUGUUCCACUGUGAUCCCUUCUCACUCUGAUAUAUUUGAAAAUGCUUCACCUGAAGCAAUUGAUGCUGAUGACAAAGAAAGGAAUGAUUCUAUUAAAACUGCCCUAGAAUGGGUGAAUGAAUCGGUGAAUGAAAUUCUCAAAGACAUGCAACCUACUGACCAGUGUAAAAUUGAUAAGUUGCUUGGUGAAUACUUUACAAAGAAAGUAGAGGAAGAAGAAGAAAGAAAGAAAACUGAAAAGCAAGAACAAGGAACAGAAAUUUCUAUGCCCACAUGCAUUUCAUCUCCACCUGCUGCAGUACAAGCUGGCAAAAAAAAGGCAUCCAAAAUAGGAAUGAAAACUUCUGUUGCAGAGAAACCAAUUCCACCUAUGGAACCUGUUGAACCACCAUUCUGUGGCAGCAUAGCCAUUGCAGGAAUAUCACUUGCUGUUGCUAAAACUGGUGCAACCGUUGACCACACACCUUUAUACUCGCACAUUGCAUGGCUGAAACAUGAUCAGGAUUUGCCUAAGGAAUUGACUGUGUCCCUACCAAUGGUCACUCUUUUAAGCUGUGGAAAAUCAUCACCUGGAAAAGUGAAAUUAAUGAAAGAAGUGAUGCUUAUACCACCAGCUGGGUUAACAGUUAAACAAGUACUGCAUGCUAUUAAUUUCACUUUGCUUUCUUUUAGCAGUUUAGACCACCUGCCUUUUAGAUGCAAUCCUUGUGUGUUGGGGAGGAGGAGUGGGGGUUGUUUGUUUUGUUCACUU